AUGGCAGAGACGGGGCGGUCGUCGGGUGGAGACCUGGCUUCGCGUGAUGAGCCAUCAACAACGACAUCGCACCAGACAUCCAAAGCCCCCGAAGCCGUGGAGAUGGACACUCUGCCGCCCAAGUCCGACAGCAACCCCCAAGACUCUCCUGCUGCCGGUGCAGAAACAACGACAUCCGCACACGACGCCGACGCCGACGCCUCCCAAAUACCGCCUCCCGAUAAGACGGGAUCCCUCGGCGCCUCCCAGCCCUCUGCCAGCGAUGCCGCAACGCCUGCAGCGCCCUCGGCAAAGGCCAUGGGCAAGGCACCCGCCACAGCGUCCGAGCCGGCGGAACAGGACGCCAUUGGCCCUGCCGAUUCACAUCAGGAGCCGGCCAGCUCGGGCGAGCUCGCCGUCGACAUUCUCCUGAUCCUCCCGCAGACCGGCAACCGGCAUCCCUUCCGCAUCAAUGAAAGGUACCUCAAGAAGCGGAAUGUGAACGUCACAGGCGUGACCGAGGAUGGAAAGAUGGACCCGUUCAGCAUCACAGUCUAUACGCUGAAGGAGCUGAUAUUACGGGAGUGGCGAAAGGACUGGGACACCCCCCCAAGGGAGCCCACGAGCAUACGUCUGAUCAAGAUGGGCAAAAUGUUGGAUGAUAAGCUGCCCCUAAACCAAUACGAUUUUACACCGACUGUCAAGAGUAUAGUACACAUGACGGUCAAACCUCAGGAUAUUAUCGACGAGGAGGAGGCAAAUAAGAGACUCAAGGAGCCUGGGUCCCAUACUGGCCGCAGUGGGUGUUGCGUGAUCUUAUGA